AUGGCUCUUAAUAGAAAUAUUGAUUCCAUUCGACAAGAUAGAAAAUCUUUUAUGGAUACAUGGUCUCUUAAGAAAGAUGAAAUUCCCUGUACUCAAUCAACUCGAUCACCACAGAAACAAUGUGAUAGUGUUAAGACUCUUAUCUAUAAACUAGGCAAGACAAUGGAGAAAGAGGUACAUGUAUGGUGGGACAUAGCAACCCUGGACUUUUAUGUAAAUAACAAUAUAGUCCCAAGGGGUCUCAGGUUAUACAAACGACUUGCCUACAAGCGUAAUGAGCCAACCCUUCUUAAAAAAUGGGACCAAUUGCUAGAUAAAGGCUCAUUACUGCUAAUGGUAUUCCUCAUUAACGAGAAGAAAAAAGAUCUCACACAACUAGAUCAAGAAAUCAAGGAUUUAAAAACAUCUAUCCGACCUCUAGUUGAGAGUGGGGAAUAUGUCGAAUUAUUAGAGAAGAUGGAAAAAAGAGUAAAAGAUAUUGAGAUGAAUAUUAGAGAAAUUAAAAAGAAGAAAAUUGUAAGAGAUCAGACUGAUUAUAAGACUCUUACACAGAGGAAUUGGAAAAAGGAUCAAAGACCAAGACACUAUUCCCCCGCGAAACCUAGAACAGAUCACAGCCCCCAACGAUAUUUAUCCUAUAGGGAUGCCUUGGUUUCACAUAAAACCCCUCUUAGGGACUUCGGUAGGGAGGUGACCCAUACCAGACAUCCACAUAAUACAAGAUAUGAAGUCCCAUAUACAAGAUACUAUUCGAAUUAUCAUUCUAAACACUAUAGAAAGAAAACUCAACACCAAAACUACUACCGGAAUUCUGAGUAUAGACAACCAGAGAAUCGUUCUCAAGAACGCAGGCAGCAAACACAGUUUCUAACCACUAAUAAGAAAUCACCAGAACACUCUAAUCCCCAAACAUCCACUACUGGAGCCUUGACUACAGAGUCGAGACGAUUUUCCCCACAGAAUAAAGAUUCACGUUCAUCGAUCGUCAAUAUUGCAAAUGAUUUUUUAGAGGUACGGGGGAGAGUUCCCCCCAAACUCUUCUCAGAAGAAGAUUUCAGGUCUCCAGUAGUGAGAAGAAAAAGAACCAUAGAAAAUCGAGAAGGAGAAGUAGACCAACACGAAGAACAGAUAUUAUUCAAGAGGAGGAAAUAA